AUGGCGUCAAAGAGAAAGUCCAAGGGAUCAGCUCCAGCUACCCCCAGCAAUAAGAGACAAAGAGCAUCGGCUACACCCAAAAAGAAGGUGGUGAAGCCUGUGAACUUGACAGGGCUCUACUCUUCCAUUCUUAAGCAGGUGCUCACGUUGAAAGAUAAGGAAGACGAACGAGAAUUGGCAGCACCCUUUAUUAAGUUACCAUCCAAGAAAUUAUAUCCUGAUUACUUUACGAUAGUGCCCAAUCCAUUCACGAUUUCGGAUAUCCAAAAGAAGGUGAGCAGGGCAAAGUACAGCAAGACAGACUCCAGUGAGUUUGUGGAAGAUUUCAAGAAGAUCUCUGAGAACGCUGCGUUGUACAACGACCCUGAUUCUUGGAUUGUGGGAGACGCGGAAGAGAUUUUGGACUUUGUGAAUGACAAAUUGAGCGAGGGAGCUGUAGAAGAGGAUGACGAUGCGGACGAUGCUGCUGCUGAUGAGGAGGAGGUAGAUGAAGCAGAAGUUGGGGAGGAUGGACAAGAAGACGGAGAAGAAGAUGAAGAAGACGAAGAAGACGAAGAUAAUGAAGAAGAAGUACGCAAACCCCCUCCUAAAUUGUCGUUAAAACUCAAGAAACCCAAGGGGAGACCACUGAACGCAGAGAAGGCUGAAAGGGCAGCAGCAGCUGCUGCUGCGGCCGCUGCUGCCUUGGAGUCCACCGAAGAACUCACCUUGGCCGACCUACCAGAGCUCACCACUAUCCUCAUCAAAGCAGUAAGGGACCACAAGUUUCCUGGCUUGGGUCUUUUAAGCGAACCGUUCCUUGAUGAUAUCGACCGCAGAGACUACCCAGACUACUUCAAGAUUAUCCAGCAUCCAACAUCAUUUAAUAGAGUGCUUGCUGCCAUCAAGAAGAAGGGCUACUUCAAUCCAAAAAAAUCGAUGGAAGAAAACUUGAGCCAAUUCUAUGAAGAUACCACAUUGAUUUUCAGUAACGCCCAGUUGUACAACGACCCAAGUUCGUUAAUUCACCAGGAUUCGGUCAAAUUACAGGAGGUAUUUGAAGAAAAGUUUGACCUUUUGAAAGAAAGAGCAAAGCCUAAAAAGUUGAAACUUAAAUUGAAGCAGCCUGCUCCUGAAGAAAAACUCACAUUAAAAAUUGAAAGAAGAGGUAGAAAGAAGAAGUCUGUAGGGGAGAUUAAGGUUGAGUCUGAGGCUGGGGAAGAAAAUGAUGAUGUAGAAGUAGAGAGUGCUGAAGAGGAGGAAGGUUCUGAAGAGGAUGGUAUUAAUCUGGAAGACGAUGUCGAUAAUGGAGAUGACUCAAAACCAAUAUUACAAGCUGAAUACAACACUAUGGGUAAAAUCUCCAGUCAGCCUAACCCGAAAGAAUCGUUUAUCCAGCUGGUAAGUUUAUGCUCUUCUUCCAAUACGAUAACUGCACUUCAACAAAUGGCUCAGCAGGGCCAGCAGCAACAGCAACAGCAGGGGUUCCAGACUCUUGCUAAUCUCACAAAGAGUAAACAACUUAAGUAUACACUUUUCCCAUCACAUGCUCCAAUUCCAAACGCUAUCCUUUUCGAAUACAAAUUCCCAUCUAGAGGGUUUGCAGAUUCUUCGUAUACAUUGACCUUACCACAUGAUUCAACUUCCCUUGUGUCACUCAAAAUCUCACUCCAUGAACUCUUUUCCGACCUUAAGAAGUCUUACUUGGUCAACAACCAUGGGUUUGUGAAUUCGACGAAUGAUGAGGAUUUCCAAUGUCGUUUAUUCUUGAAUGAUGAGGAGGUCAAUACUGGUGGAGAAAUCUAUGAGGGAGAAAAAGAGGAUGAUAAAUUUUUGAACUUCCAAUACGAUUUGAAAUUGAGUCAAGGGUUGAACAUAUUAUCGUUUGAGCUUAAAGUAUCGCCAAGUCUUGGUAAGAAGAUAAAGAAAGAUGACCAAGAUCAAGGUGAAGAUCAAGAUGAAGGUACAGGUAGGCACACCAGACACCAAUUGCAACAAAUGAAAAUGACAUGGGAUGUAGAAAAGAUCAACUUUAUUAUUUGUAAUAAUUUCAAUUAG